AUGGGCUAUGACAUCAUCAUAAAAGGCCUGAUCGUCUGCGGCUACUGCAUGAACAAACCUGAGUUGACAUUCAAGUUGGAACAUGAAUUUGGCCCUUGGACUGUGGCAGAAGUCUCCAAGCAGAGUCUCCCAGGUGUUCACAAAUUUACCACCAAAAUGCAAGCUACCUUGAAAAAUGACAGGAGACAUUUGUGGCAAGUUGGAAUGACCAAGGGCAAAAUAUCAAGUAAAGAGAUUGUUGAUGUUACAUCAAGAAGUCAUCUCAUUGUACAUCGAAGAACUCUUACAGGAGAGAAGCCCUAUGAAUGUAAACAGGGUGGAAAAGCAUACAAGUCUCACCUCAUCAUGUAUCAAGGAAUUUCUAUAGGUAAUAAGCUCUUUGAAUGUGAUCAGUGUGGAAGAAUCUUCACCAUGAAGUCUUACCUCAGCAUGCAUCAAAGAACACAUAAACGUGAGAAGCCCUAUGAAUGUAAACAGUGUGGAAAAGCCUUCUGCCACAAGUCUUCUCUCUGGAAGCAUCAAAGAACUCAUACAGGUGUGAAGCCCUAUGAAUGUGAGCUGUGUGGAAAAACUUUCUCCUGCAAAGCUAACCUCACUGUCCAUGAAAGAACUCAUACAGGUGAGAAGCCCUAUGAAUGUGAGCAGUGUGGAAAGGCUUUUUCCUACAAGUCUUACCUUGGUAGGCAUCAAAGAACUCAUACAGGUGAGAAGCCCUAUGCAUGUAAACAGUGUGGAAGAACGUUCUGCAAAAAGUCUUCUCUCUGGAAGCAUCAAAAAACUCAUACAGGUAUGAAGCUGUUUGAAUGUGAACUGUGUGGAAAAGCUUUCUCCAGGAAGUCUAAUCUCACCCUGCAUCAAAGAAUUCAUACAGAUGAGAAGCCAUGUGAAUGUAAACAGUGUGGAAAAGCCUUCUGCAAAAAGUCUUAUCUCAGGAAGCAUCAAAGAAUUCAUACAGGUGUGAAAUCCUAUGAAUGUGAGCUGUGUGGAAAAACUUUCUCUUGGAAGUUAAGCCUCACUGUUCAUCAAAGAACUCAUACAGGGGAGAAGCCCUAUGAAUGUCAACAGUGUGGAAAGGCUUUUUCCUGCAAGUCUCACUUCACUGUGCAUCAACGAACUCAUACAGGUGAGAAGCCAUAUGAAUGUCAAAAGUGUGGAAAAGCCUUCUCCACAAAGUUUUGCCUCACUGAGCAUCAAAGAACUCAUACAGGGGAGAAGCCCUAUGAAUGUAUACACUGUGGAAAAGCCUUCUCCAGGAAGAAUAAACUCACUGUCCAUCAACAAAAUCAUACAGGAGAGAAGCCCUAUCAAUGCGCACAGUGUGGAAAAGCCUUCUCCAGGAAGGAUUAUCUCACUACUCAUCAAAGAAUUCAUAUAGGAGAAAAGCCCUAUGAAUGUAAACAGUGUGGAAAACUCUUCUCCAUGAAGUCUUACCUCACUGUGCAUCAAAGAACUCAUACAGUGGAGAAGCCAUAUGAAUGUACACAGUGUGGAAAAUUCUUCUGCCAAAUAUCUACUCUGAGGGUGCAUCAAAGAAUUCAUAUAGAUGCAAGCCCUAUAAAGAAUAACUGA